AUGGCAGCUCUGGAAAAUCCUGAUCUCGAUGCUGGAGACCUUGUAAAUCAAGCAUGCGAUUACCUCAGUCAUGGAGUUGAGUUCGAGAACAAGGAGAGUCUACGCAAAAGUAUCCAACUAGCACGAUCAAGAGUAGGCAAACCACGCAAGCCUAGGGCUCGACCGGUGAAUCCACAAAAGAGGAAGUUGAUGAUGUUUGACGGAUUGGAUGACAUUUUGAAGACGGAAGAGGAUGAUGAUUAUCCAAUGCAGGUCAUGAACGACAACAUUAUGGCGAGUCUAAUGAAGGUGCCCAAGACGGAAAGGUCCAAUACGCCAUGCGACGCCGGCCUGCCCUUAUUCAACAAUGGUCUUUCAAUGGUGAAACCCGAAUCUCCAUUUCGUCAAACCGCAGCCGUACCUCCUCAACCAAAACCCGUAAACGAUGUGCCAAACUCUCUGCUACAAGCUAACCUGCUCAACGGAAUGUGA